AUGUUUCGCGCACAGCAGAACGCCUUUGACGACGCAGUCGCCAAGGCAACGGAUGAGAACUUAACAUCUGAGAACUGGGAAUACAUCCUUGAUGUAUGCGAUAAAGUUGGGGCUGAGGAGUCUGGCGCAAAGGACGCUGUUGCCGCCUUGAUCAAACGACUUGCGCAUAGAAAUGCCAACGUCCAGCUGUACACUCUUGAACUGGCCAAUGCACUGGCGCAGAACUGUGGCCCUAAGAUACAUCGCGAGCUUGCGUCGCGAAGCUUCACGGACGCUCUUCUGCGUCUUGCUGGCGACAGGAAUACCCAUCAGCAGGUGAAGUCCAAGAUUCUGGAGCGUAUGGAGGAUUGGACAGAGAUGUUCGCUAGCAACCCAGACUUCGGUAUUAUGGAACAGGCUUUUAUGAAACUGAGGACUCAAAACCCGAACAUACAACCUCCGUCGAAGCCUGGGAAGCGGGAAAUCACCGACGUAGAUCGCCAGAAGGAAGAAGAGGAGCUACAAAUGGCGCUUGCUCUUUCUAUAAGGGAGAAACCGGCUUCAGCACCCCAGCCGCAGGCGGAGAGAAGUAGCUCGGGCUCAGCUCCGGCCAACCAAACACAAGCUGCGCCUGCUGGGCCCGUCCCUUCAGGUACUUCCGCUGCUACUGUUUCCAGAGUCCGAGCUUUGUAUGACUUUCAACCGUCUGAGUCCGGAGAAUUACAAUUUCGAAAGGGUGAUGUCAUUGCCGUCCUCGAGUCCGUGUAUAAGGACUGGUGGAAGGGUUCGUUGAGAGGUCAGACCGGAAUCUUUCCGCUCAAUUACGUGGAAAAGCUCCCUGAUCCUACCGUUGAGGAACUUCAGAGGGAAGCUCAAAUGGAGGGAGAGGUGUUCGGCCAGAUCAAGAAUGUCGAGAAGCUGUUGACUCUUUUAAGCACCCGCAACUCGGAGCUCAAUGUUCAGGAGAAUGAGGAAAUCACGAAUCUUUACAACUCGACAUUAUCGAUCCGCCCCAAGUUGAUUGAGCUGAUUGGAAAAUAUUCCCAGAAGAAAGAUGAGUUCACCCAGCUCAACGAGAAGUUUAUCAAAGCGCGGAGGGAUUAUGAAUCACUCCUGGAGGCUUCUAUGGCUCAGCCUCCACAGCAUCAGUAUGGCCGCCCCGGUCAGACUCAGUACGGAUAUCCAGGCUCUGGGGCACCAGCAGGCUUUCCCCAAGGCCCACCGCAGCAGCAUGAUCCUCAAAGAUACUUCAGUCCUCGACCGCCAGACAGUCAACCCAAUGCCUCCUACUAUCCCCCAGCCACACAAUCGCCCGGCCCCGGACAGACGCCCCCAGCGGGGCCAUAUCAGCAGCAACACCCGCAGCCGCAGCAGGCCCAGCCAGACUCAUUCCAGCCGGUCCAUCAUCGCCCUGAGUCGACCUUUGACCAUCCACAAGAGCUGGGAACAUCUGUCUACGACUCGCCCGUGGAACGACUACAGUACCCCCCUGGACCCCCUGGAGGCCAGCCGCACUAUCAGCCGCCUCCGCAACAAACGCCGCAGCCAGAUUUCUCAUCUUCCGUAUACCCCCAAGAUAAUGCACACAACCCACCAAAUGGCCCGAAUUCAGUGAAUCAAUCCCAACCUCCUUACCCCGCAACUCCAGUCACUCAACCCCCGCCGCCCACGCAGCAACCUCCGCCUGUACCGGGCGCAGCAUCAGGGUCUGCGCCCUAUCCAUCAGCAAGUCCCGGAGCCGGCAACUACCAGGCAUACAAGCCGUCACAAGGAGGCAUACCCAGCCAUAACCCGGCUGCGUUCUAUCAGUAG